CACAACUUCACAAAACUAAAAAAAUGGAUAACCAGGAGCCUUCAAAGUCCGGUGAGUGCAACGAAAAGAUGGGAGUGGAUGAUAUGCUCCGGCGUUACGCCGGAGAGUUCGGUCCAUGGCAGCUCAGGCACUUCAUGCUCACUAGUCUUGCAUGGGCUCUCAAUGCCUUCCACACGUUGGUGGUAGUGUUUGCCGAUCACCGGCCAGAGUGGCGUUGUACGGGUGGCGGUGCUUGCCCGGAUACGAUGUGUGGGUUGCCACACGGAGCGUGGGAGUGGGAUGGUGGCCGGAGAAUGUCCACGGUGGCUGAGUGGGGGCUUGUUUGCAAGAACAAGUAUAAGGUUGGGAUGGCGCAGUCUGCUUUCUUUGCUGGAUCUAUGAUCGGUGCUGGGAUAUUUGGCCACCUUUCAGACUCAUUCCUAGGGAGGAAAGGAACAUUGACACUGGUUUGUGCAAUGAACGCCACCUUUGGUUUUCUCACUUCUCUAGCUCCAUCCUUCUACUUUUACACCUUCCUCCGCUUCCUCACCGGCGUAAGCAUCGGAGGUUCUGGCAUCUCCACCUUCGUCCUCACCACUGAACCUAUCGGCCCUUCUAAACGAGCCACCAUCAGCACCUCCACCUUCUAUUUUUUCUCCAUUGGCACCAUUCUCCUCUCAAUCAUCUCAUACUUCCACCAUUCAUGGCGUUCACUCUACAUCAUCACCUCAAUCCCUUCCCUUCUCUUUCUCAUUUUCAUACUUCCUUUCAUCUCUGAAUCUCCAAGAUGGUUUCUUGUUCGCCAUAAGAUAAACAAUGCCAUGAAGAUCAUGCAAGACAUUGCAAAAUCCAAUGGGAAACAAAUCCCUGAUGGAGUCUCACUAUGUUUGGACUGUGGUACCGAUCAAACUGUGAGCACUGGUUCAGUCAUUGAUGUUAUUCGUUCUCCAGUCACUCGUCUUCGGUUCAUACUUAUUGUAUCCGUUAAUCUCUUGAGCUCCAUUGCAUACUAUGGCCUGAGUCUCAAUGUGAUGAAUCUUAAGACUAAUCUUUAUCUUGGUGUGAUACUUAAUGGUGUCGCAGAGAUGCCAGCUUAUAUGCUUACGGCUGUAGCUCUGAAGUGGUUUGGGAGGAGACCACUAACAAUAGGGAUAAUGUUAUUCAGUGGUGUGGUCUGUGCGGUGGGGAGUUUGAUGGAGGAUGUUGGGGUGAUGAGGAUUGUGAGGAUGAUGUGUGGUGUGAUUGGUGUAUUUGCGAUGACCUCAGCAUUCGAUUUGUUGUUUGUUUAUGCAUCAGAAUUGUUUCCGACGGUGGUGAGGAAUGCGGCACUUGGUUGCGUGACUCAAGCCGGGCAAACUGGGGCGGUGAUGGCACCGUUUGUGGUGGCCAUGGGAGGAAGAUUGCCGUUUGUUGUGUUCGCAUUUUGUGGGGUCGUUGGAGGAGUGUUGGCUUUCUUGUUGCCGGAGACUUUGAAUCAGCCUUUAUAUGAUACUAUGGGUGGGCUGGAGAAGGGUGAGCUUCAAAAGAGUGAAGUAGUGAGCGAUGGUUGAAUGCAAUAGCUAGGAACAUAUCAUGCACUUGUAAUUUAGUAAUCACUAAUUAACAUAUGAUAUAUAUAUAUAUAUAUAUAUUUAGAAUGUGAACAAGCUACUGCCACUCAUAUGCACUCACUGUAUAUUCAACCAUAUUUUAAAAGAGUGUCUAAAUCUCGACAUCCAUCAUUAAAUAUGA